GAAGAUGAAGAAGAGGAGGAUGACUAUGAUGAUGAUCACGGCAAAUCCAAAAAGAAAUCAAAAGAUGCACGCCACCAUAAAGGGGGGAAAUCUGAUGCUGACGCAAAGAAGAAGAAAGGAAAAAAGGAUGAUCCGCAGCUUCCGAAAAAGGAAAUCCCAAGGAAAGGUCUGAAGAACAUGUCCAGGAUGUUUAUGAAGUUUUCUGGCUUCAAGAGGCGCAGGAACAGCAGAAAGAAGCUGAAAAGUACGUCGCGUUUGUUCCUGGGGUUGGGGAAAAGAAAGUUCCGACUUGCUAAGAAGAAACGCCGCAAGUCCAUGCUGAAGAACACCUCUCGAUUCAUGAUGAGGUUUAAGGCCAGCAAAAAGAGGAAAAAGGAGAAAGAGGCCAAAGAAAAGGCGGAACAAAAUGGGGGGAAGAAGCCAACUUACAUGCUGCUUCGUCUUGGAGGAGGGAGAGAAUCAAAUGAGAAGAAGGGGGGUUUCUUUAAAAACUUAUUUGGAAAAAAGAGUGGUGAUGGGCCUCCUGACGACUUCAAGAACAGAAGUAUGUUGCUGGGUAAGGUUGCAGCAGCAACUAACUGGCUGACCAAACGCUUCCUGUCCACUAAAAUGCGAGGAAAUGCAGGACACCAUGGCUGGGGUGGACGAAGAGAACAUAGCCGACAAGCCAGCUCCAGAGGUCAUCUUCAUGGUCACUAUAACAAUGGUUAUGAACAUGGGGAGGAGGCUUAUGGAUACGACCAGCGACAUUCAGUCCGCCACAAAGGGUAUGGAGGAUAUGAUGAUGGUUAUGGUGGUUAUGGAGAUGAGGCAGCUGCAGCAUAUGGAAGCGAGGGUCAGUAUGGUUACUAUGACAAUGGAGCAGGGGUAGCAGACUAUCAGGACCUGGGUUACUAUGAGGAAGAAGGACUCUAUGAUCCAAAUGCAGAAUAUUAUGAAGGUGGUCUUUAUGAUGAUGGCAUGGGGGACUACUACAACCCUUAUCCCCCUGCCCAAGGCUACUAUAACAACCAGGAAGCUGAUUACUAUGGUUACCAGCAACAACAGGAAAUGACAAUGUAUGGUGACGAGGGUUUGGACUACUAUGCACUAAUGGGUGAGGACCAUAUGUAUGGAGGAGAGGUUGAUGGAUUCCUUCAUCCUCAGGCUCAGGGUUAUUAUGAUGAAAAUGGUCAGGGAGUUUACUAUGAUGACGGACAAGGGGGUUACUUUGACAAUGGACAGGCAGGUCUUUAUGGGGACCCUUAUGCAGCAACUAUGGGAAUGCAAGGGGGAUUUCCACCAGACUAUCAACUUAGUUAUAGUGAUGCUGGCAUGCCCUACCAAGACUACAGCUCCCAGCAGGUCACUGGAUUCCCACCAGGAGGCCAGCAAGUCUUUGACUUGGGAGGGCAAGGGAUACAGGGCCUAUAUGGGGACCAGUAUGUAGACCAGUAUGAUCAGUAUGGAGAUGAUACCGGUGGAGUUCAGGGAGGGGAAAUGACAUUUAGAGUUCCGAGACCUCAAGUACGCCUUUUUGGAAAAGAGCGUCUAGAUGUGCCCAUGCCUCCUCCACCAACGUUGCCACCUGAUCCAGAAUUUGAAGGCAUGUCAGAAAUCCAGUAUGAAGACCAGAAUCCUCUUGCACCAGGGCAAUUUGGUGACAUGAUGGCAAUACAGCAGCAAAUGGGAAUGUCACCACAACAACAAAUGAUGAUGUCCCCUCAAGAACAAAUGAUGAUGCCCCCCCAGAUAAUGUCACCGCAGCAACAAAUGAUGUUACCACAGCAGCAGAUGAUGCCCCAGCAAAUGAUGUCACCACAGCAGCAGAUGACGUCACAACAAAUGAUGUCACCACAAGAGCAGAUGAUGUUACAACAAGAACAGAGUAUGUCCGCUCAAUUGAUGCCAUCACAGAUUCUGUCACCACAGCAACAAAUGAUGAUGUCCCCUCAAGAACAAAUGAUGAUGCCCCCACAGAUAAUGUCACCACAGCAACAGAUGAUGGCACCACAGCAACAGAUGAUGGCACCACAGCAACAACAGAUGUUACCACAGCAACAGAUGAUGCCCCAGCAAGUGAUGUCACCACAGCAGCAGAUGAUGUCACAACAAAUGAUGUCACCACAAGAGCAGAUGAUGUUGCCACAGCAACAGAUGAUGUCUCCUCAAGUGAUUCCACCACAGCAGAUGAUGACAGACCCAAUGAUGAUGUCACAGCAACAGGGUUAUGGCCCUAUGAUCCCCACUCCAACUGCCAUGAUUAUUAAGCAAGCAAGUAUGUCCCCCCUUCCUGCGCGCCGCCUGCAACCCUCUCCAACGCCAUCCCGCCGCUCUGUCAUCAUGCCCUCCCCAAUUAUGCAACGCCAUCCCAUGGCCUCCCCAGUACCUUCUCCUAUGCUUCCACAGAGACGCAGCCCCUCCCCACAACCAUCCAUGAGGAGUGGGCUCAUUAAUGCCCAGAGACCCCCCUCUGUUAUGUCAAGACGAAUCUCACCUCCUACCUCCCCCAUGGCUUCCCCCCACGCCCGUCGUAGAAUGCAACCGCAGAGAUCACCGUCUCCCCUGGCUAGGGGGCCCUCACCCCCUCACUCUCCUCGUGCCUCCAUGAUCCGGCGAAGUCCUCCUCCUUCACCAAGAGCUUCAAUGAUACAGCGUUCUCCACCUUCCUCUCCCCGUGCUUCCAUGAGGAGGCGAAGUCCCCCAGCCUCACCCACUCCAGCACGUAGCCCGUUUGGAGGGAGAAAGAUACGUGGUCCUCUCUCGCCUCCCCUCUCCCCUGGUCAUGCAUCUCGACCUCACUCUCCACAGCUCAGUAGAAGACCAUCUCCCUCUCCCUCCCCAUCUCGUCGGAGUUUGUCCCCUGCUGGGCCUCGGCCUGCCCCAUCAUCUCCGACCCUCUCUCGUCGCUCAACUCGGCUGCUCAGGGACCCCACACCAUUGGCCCGGCCUAGGAUGGGGGGAAAUGUUCCCUUAGGUACUGUCAGGCCCUCGCCUAUGGGUCUCAGAGGGCGCCCAGUACCCCCACCCACCCAGAAUGUGCGUCCAUUCCGUGCCUCCUCCAUACGAAGCAAUAGGUCUUCUGUUCUCACAGUGGACUCCUCUCUCCUCUCGUCUCCUUUUCACUCUCCUCACAUGGUCCACCGUGCUCCCCUGGGAAGGAGAGAAUCCAGCCGAUUUCCUCCUCGCCCCGUGGCUCGAGGACGUCCCCUCAUGGCCCAGCAGUCCAUAAGGAGGAUGCCUCCUGCCUCUCCACAGCCCUCUCUUAAACACAUGCCACAUCCUGCAUCCCCACGUCUCUCUCCUCGACUUUCUCGUCAGUCCUCGCCCCUCCUGCCCCCUCAGUCUGCCCAUCCACCCGUUUAUGCACCAGAAGCUUAUGUGUCUGGCCCCUAUGCUGAUCCUUAUACUGAGCACUCGCCCCAUCAGUUUGUCGCCCCCUCUUCUCCCAUGUUAUCUCGUGCUAUGCGGAACCAGUCUAUUCGACAGGCCUCUUUUGCUUCCCCCUUUGGCCCAGAGCCAGCCCAGGUGGUAGACAUGGGCGGGAUGGUUACCGAAUAUGUAGAACCUUAUGCUCCUUCAUCCCCUACGCUUUCUGGUGCAAUGCAAAACCAGGUAAUUCGGGAUGCAUCCUAUCUUUCCUCACUGCCAAGACCAGUGUCACCUUAUGAGCAGCCUGUAGCUCCUUCAUCUCCCAUGCUGUCUGGUGCUCUGCAAAAUCAAGCAAUACGAGGUGCAUCCUAUACUUCUCCUUUACCAAGGCCAAUGUCCCCUUAUGAGCAGCCUAUGCCCCCUGCUUCCCCAAUGCUGUCAGGAGCUCUGCAAAACCAGGCAGUGAGAGAAGCCUCCUAUGUAUCUCCUCUUCAAAGGCCUCAGUCUCCAUAUGCCCCAUCUGCUCCUUCAUCUCCAAUGCUUUCUGGAGCCAUGAGACAUGGUCAGGCACUAAGGGGUGUGGCUUCUUAUCAAACUCCACACCUCCGUCCACCAUACGGACCAACUGUUGUUACUCCAUAUGAUUAUAUCUCUGAGCCUGGCCCAUCACCACUGCUUCAUGAUGCCCUUCAGAACCGGUCUAAUUUGCAGAAUGUCUCAUCUUUAAGAUCCCCUAUGAUGCAACGCCGUAACCCCUAUGCACCAGCUGGGCCUCAGCUCCAUAGUGCUCUUCAACAGAACCCAAACCUUCGCCAUGCAUCUUAUCAGACACCUAUGCAACUCAGACGGUCUCCAUAUGGACCCCAACCACCAUCUUCACCAAUGUUAGGAAGUGCCCUGCAAAACCCGCAGUUGAUGCAAGCAUCAUACCGGCUGCCAGAUGGAACCUUGGUGUCACCAUAUGCAAGUUCACCAUCCUCCCCAUUGCUCGGCCGUGCCUUGCAAAAUCAACAAGUCCGUGGAGCCUCAUAUACCUUGCCUGAUGGAUCAAUUAUAAGGGACCCACGUCUCCCCCAGAAGCCCAUGUCCCCUAACCUUUCCAGAGCUCUUCAGAACCAGGAUCUCAAGGCUGCUUCAUAUACUCUCCCUGAUGGCACCAUUAUAGACCCGAGACAGCAACAACCUAUUUCCCCAAACCUGGCUAAGGCCCUAAACAACCCAGCUCUGCGUGAAGCCUCCUAUUCACUCCCCGAUGGUACUAUUGUGAUUGACCCCAAGAAACCGAAGUCCCCAAACCUUGCAGCAGCUCUUCAGAACCCUUACCUGAAAAGUGCAUCUUACACCCUGCCUGAUGGGACUAUCAUCAUCGAUCCACGGAAACCUGUAUCUCCAGACCUCGCUGGUGCCCUUCAAAACUCACCCCUGCGGAACGCCUCCUUCACACUACCGGAAGGGGUUCAGGACCCCAAUACACCCAUUUCACCAAACCUGGCUAAGGCCCUCAGUAACCCAGCCUUGAAAGGAGCUUCAUACACCCUCCCAGAUGGUACCAUUAUAGUGGACCCAAGGAAACCUAAGACCCCCAACCUGGCAGCUGCCCUGCAGAAUCCCUAUCUAAAGAAUGUGUCCUACACCCUGCCUGAUGGAACCAUCAUCAUUGACCCGCGGAAACCAGUUGGCCCGGACCUGUCUAAAGCUCUUAUGAAUGAAAACCUUCGUAGUGCAUCGUACCGCCUCCCUGAUGGCACCCUGGUUAUCCCUGGCCAGAAGCCCAACCUUUCAUCUGCUCUGAGGCGAAACCAGGCACUUCGGUCUGCAGGUCUUUAUCAUCUAACAGAAGACUCUGUACUGUCAGGCGCACCAAAACCUACCCCUCCAAACCUCGCCUCUGCGCUGCGGAAAGAGGAAUUCCGUGGUGCCAAUUUCAGGCUGCCGGAUGGCUCUGUUCUCACGCGUCGCUUCCAGAUCCCAAGCCUGUCUGAAGCCGUCCAAAACCAGCAGCUUCGCUAUGCUUCGUACAGGGUGCCAACAGGCCUGCAGGGUGAGGAUAAUCGCUAUGCUGUGGUUCCACCCUAUGGGCCGCGCUCAGGACACUGGGCCAGGAAUGCCCAAGGAGGAGGGGAGGGAGGGGAAGACGUUUGGGCAGCUGAGAGGGUUUUACCACAUGGGACGGUCCAGAAUCUUUCAAAGUGGUCCAUGUACAGAGAAGAUGGGGUGUUAGAAGGAUAUUCACCAACACCUCGAUUUGCAGACGGACAGCCUAAGGACAUAGACUGGACUCCUGACAGAGAUAGAGUACCCGGUCAAAGCUGGUAUGACAAGAUCUACUCUAUCCUAAGCAUGCCCACAACAGGCCACAGGGUGAAACGCUGGGCGGAGGGAAUGGAGGACAUGACACAACUGCCUGAGCUGAAUGAGACCACAGUUCUGAUGAACCUGAAGAAGCGCUAUGACCAGGAACUGAUAUAUACCUACAUAGGCAGCAUCCUUGUGUCCGUGAAUCCCUACAAGUUGCUCAACGUGUAUGGCACAGACAUGGUGCUUCAGUAUGCUGGUCGCGGCCUGAGCGACAACCCUCCGGGUGUAAUCAGCGGUGCCAUAACGUCUCAGUACCUGCUGGAGAAGUCCCGCAUUGUCUUUCAGGCCAAAUCGGAGCGGAACUAUCACAUCUUCUAUGAGAUGUUGGCAGGUCUUCCCCCUAAUGAGAAGAGCUCACUGUAUCUGCAGGAAGCUGAGACAUACUACUAUCUGAAUCAGGGAGGGGAUUGUACCAUAGAGGGCAAGGAUGAUGGGGAGGACUUCAGGCGUCUGCUGAAUGCCAUGGACAUCCUGUGUUUCACCCCAGAGGAGCAGAACGGCAUCUACAGACUGCUGUCCUCUGUCCUUCAUCUGGGGAACGUCUACUUCCAGCCACUCCAGGCUGAGGGUCAGGAGGUCGCCUCGGUGGUGAGCGCGCAGGAGAUCAGGGUGGUAGCCGAGCUGCUGCAGGUCUCACCUGACGGCUUGCAGAAGGCUGUCACCUUCAAAAUGACAGAUACAGUAAGAGAGAAGAUCUUCACUCCGCUCACAGUUGAGAAUGCUGUGGAUGCCAGAGAUGCCGUUGCCAAGAUCCUGUACUCGCUGCUGUUUAGUUGGCUGACAGAGCGCAUCAACGGACGGGUCUACCCUCGCAACGAAGCCCUCUCCAUCUCCAUAUUGGACAUCUAUGGAUUUGAGGAGCUACAGGUGAACAGCUUUGAGCAGCUGUGCAUCAACUACGCCAAUGAAACUUUGCAGUUCUUCUUUAACAGGGUCAUCUUCCAGGAGGAGCAGGAGGAGUACAUGCGGGAGCAGAUCGAGUGGCAGCAGCAGCCCUUCAGCCACAACCAGGCCUGUCUCGACCUCAUUGCUGCUAAGCCCCACGGGAUCCUGCGCAUACUGGAUGAUCAGUGCGGUUUCCCUCAGGCAACCGACCACACCUUCCUUCAGAAGUGCCACUAUCACCAUGGAAACAACCCGCUAUAUGCCAGGCCAAAGAUGCCGCUGCCAGAGUUCACCCUGAAACACUAUGCUGGGAAAGUCACAUACCAGGUGCACAAAUUCUUGGAUAAGAACUUCGACACGGUCCGACAGGAUGUUUUAGACCUCUUCAUCCAGAGCAAGAACAAAAUGGUGUCCAGCCUCUUCUUGAAGCACUCAGAGUCUGGGUCACAGCAGCGGUCGAACGUGCGGCGCAGCAGCACGGCUCGUCGUUAUCAGGCCAACACAGUCAGUGCAAAGUUCCAGAGCAGCCUGCAGGAGCUGGUGGAGAAGAUGGAAAGGUGUAACCCUUAUUUUGUGCGAUGCAUCAAGCCAAACCAUCAUAAGGAGCCAGGAGUGUUUGACAUGGAGCUGGUCAACACUCAGCUACAUUACUCUGGCAUCAUGGAGACCAUCCAUAUCAGGAGGGAGGGUUAUCCAAUCAGACUGCACUUUCACAGCUUCCUAAAAAGGUAUAAGGCCCUGCUUUGCCUGGAGGAUCCUCCACCUGCAGACGGAGAAAACUGUGUCGCCAUGCUCCACAAGCUCGCUCCAGUUAAGAGCGGCUCGUAUCAGCUGGGAGUCAGUAAGAUUUUCCUGAAAGAGGAACUGUAUCAGCUGUUGGAGGGGAAGCGUGACCGUGUGCUGAACAUCGCUGCCAUGACGCUGCAGAGGUACACCCGUGCGUGUAUGAUCCGAAAGAAGUUUGCCAAGUUGCGACUGCGUGUGACCAUGUUUGAAGCUCGCUGCAGAGGCUACCUGGCCAGAAAAAAGUUUGCUCAGAGGAGGAAGUACCUCAUCUGGCUCCGCUCUGCUGUGCUGCUCAUCGUCAACCGCCAGCGUUACAUGAGGACAGUGGUGGAGCCUGCAAGGAAGGCAGAGGAGGAUCGCAUCAACAGAGAAGUGGUGAAUGUGACAACGCUGCCUAUCCCUGCUGAGCUGGCAGUUCUGCUACAGGCAGCCUCAGGUGGUGAAGAGCUGCAUUCUGACUGCUUGGCGGUGGUCCAGGCUCCAAAGGUUCAGGUUGACCCCCAGCUGACCCUGCCCCUGGAUAUCAACAACUACCUCAUGACACACUACAUCCGGGCCAUAUUUAGGGAGCCGUUGCUUGGGAUGCUGACUGCCCCACUGGAGAGUUCACUGAUUCGAAUGGAUGAGGAGCUGAAACAAGGAGCCCUGAACGUUUUCAUUCUGAUACUAAGAUUUAUGGGCGAUCCAAACUUGAAUGGGGCUCAGGAGAAUCUGUUUGGGAACUAUAUCAUUCAGAGGGGACUUGCCAAUCCCAGCCUGCGAGAUGAAAUCCUGGCUCAGGUAGUCAAUCAGGUGUGGAGGAAUCCUAACAUUUUGAAUUCAGAGCGUGGUUGGCUCCUCCUGUCCUCCUGUCUCUCUGCCUUCCUGCCCUCUCAAAGGCUGGCCAAGUACUUACUGAAGUUUGUGUCUGACUACGGCCCAGAGGGCUACGACUGUGUGUGUCAACACCGUCUGCUUCAAGCUCUGCAGCGGCUGAAUGUCGGUCCAGAGUAUGUCCGAACGUACCCACCCUGUCUACUAGAGUGGACCGCCAAUCGCAAAAGAGCUCACACUGUUCUGCACAUUCACUGUUUCGAUGGUGUGUCGUUUUUGUGUCCUCUGCACUCCUGGACAACAGGAGAAGAAAUGGCCAAAGACAUCUUACAACACAGGGGUGUGCUGGAGGGCCGUCGAGGCUGGUCGGUGCUUCUAAAGGAGCCGGCUCAGUGGGUGGAGCUGGAGGGCUCCGACUACGUUCUGGACUUGAUGUCAGACCUGGAGCUUCCUGCCGACUUCCCCAAACACAGCAGCUACUUCAUCAUCUCUGCACAGGAGCCAACCAGAGUGCGGCCUAAUGCCAGCAUAAGCCUGUUGGGUGGUGGGUUUGACACGAAGGAUGAUGUUAUAUCUUCAGUCUUAAAUGGCUCUGAUGGACGAGACUUUGAGCCUCAGAGAGGGAUGGAUCGUUAUCUGGACAGCCUGUUUGACCCUGUACUGUCUGAAGGAACCGGAGAACUAGAUUCAGCUGCAGCACUGUCCAGCAGGAUGAAGGGUGCUGGAGGAGUUGGAGGAGGCUCCCAACCUCCACCUGGGGCUGUGAGAGUCCUUCCCGUGGGAGGCGUGAUGUCACCUCCUGUUGCUGCAGUGGCACCUGUAACACCUGAUGCCCAGCAGGCUGUUUUGGACCAGCAGCAGCAGGCGAUUGUGAACCAGCAGGCCAUCAUCAUGGCCCAGCAGAUGACCAUGCAGGCCAUGGCCAUGGUCGGCAGCCCAGUGACCAGCCCCCCCACCUCUCCAAUCACAAGCCCUCCCAUGAGCCCGCUGCUCCACCACCCUCCCAGCCCCUAUGCUCCCGCCAGCCCCUAUGCUGUCAUACCCCCAAGUCCAUACGCUAACAUCCCACCCAGCCCCUAUGCCAACUUCACUCCCACUCCCUUUGCUGCAGCAGACAUCCCACCCAGGCAUCCCUAUCCUCCCCCUGCUCGACUGGAACAAACUCCAUCGCACCUUCAAGAUCAGCCUGCGGAGCCCCAGACUCGGCCCGGAGCUCAGCCUCAGCCUCAGGCCCAAACUAACAAAACUGAGCCAGCACAGCCUAAAGCUAAUCCUGCUGCACGGGUUCAGUCAGGGAAGGACAGCGUCUCUCGGAGGAAGGCUCCGGGCAUCCCCGUAAACAAGGACGCACCCGCCAGGAAGUUUGCCCCAGUUGUGACGUCUCCUCCGCCCCCUGCUGGAGAGGUGGUGAAGUACUCAGCUCGGACUAUAGAUCAUGUUGUCCCCAGCCAAGAUAUCCAAGAAAUCAUCAAAAGGUACAACUCCCCGCCUCCAGCGCCAGAGCUGCUGCCACAUGACAAGAGGAGACCAGAAGGGAAGUUUAAAAAGAAGCAAACCCCUCGGGAUGAAGCUUUACAGAUCCUCAAACCGCAGAUGGACAACCCUCCUGCUCCCCAGCCCAAGCGUCCUGUUGCCCCCUCACCAUCUGCGUCUGCAAUAAAGGAGGCGGGAUUCAAACCAAUCAAAGCCACGAAGACCAGAGCACCUGACCGUCCUCCACCCCUACCUCCUCCAGUUUCUCGAGAGCUUCCAGUAGAGACCGAGACAAUCCAGACACAGCUUCAUCAAAGAACCAAUGAAGAGCACUACACCUACACAAACGUUCCCUGGAGACUGUACCUCAGGAAGGAGGUUUUUUAUCCCAAAGACAGCUUCAACAAUCCUCUGGUGCUGGAUCUCAUUUUCAAGCAGAUAGUGAACGACACUCUGUCAGAGGCAUGUGUUCGCAUCACCCGGGAUGAAAGGCAGAAAAUGAAGGCUCUUUUCGCCAAACACGGGGUGGAACAGAAUAUGGAUCCGGUGGAGGAGCAUGUGAAGAAAACAAUUGUGACGGCUGCCAGAGAGACCUGGGAAAUAUACUUCUCCCGUCUGUUCCCUGCGUCGGGUAGUGUAGGAACAGGUGUGCAGGUGCUGUCAGUGUCCCACAGCGGUAUAAAGCUGUUGAAGACUGUAAAAAGCAGCGCUGCAGCUCCAGACUACUUCAGAGUCCUACAGCCCUACACCUAUGCAGACAUCCUGUUUGUCACCAUCCCCUCUGAGAACAUGCUGGAGUUUAAUCUGACCAACGAGAAACUGAUCCUGUUCUCAGCCAAAGCCCCUCAAGUCAAACAUCUCAUAGACACAUUCAUCAACGAGAUCAAAAAGGACUCAGAUUAUGUGAUUGCAGAGCGAAACUUUGUGACAGACGACCGCUCGAUGCUCACUUUUCACAAAGGUGACGUGAUCAGGCUGCAGGUUAUGGAUGGGCUGGAGAAGGGUUACAGUUACGGCUGUGUGGUGAGGAAGAAGGUGGUGUAUUUGGAGGAGCUGAAAAGAGAAACUCAAGACUUUGGUUGGAAGUUUGGUGCCGUGUUCGGCCGCUCCGGUGCGUUCCCGGCUGAGUGUGUCCAUCCUGUCGCUCCUCCUGACUUCCUGUCACUGCCACUGGACCGCAAGUCAGAGCCUCGAGGGGGAGCAGGACAGUUUGCUGUGUCAUCAGCCGUCGCUGUUGCUGUGGCGUCCACCAUGGCAGCACACGAGAUAGAUCAAACAAUUGAGAAGGUUUCCCUUGACGGCUUUGCUGAAGGAGAUCUGGAUGAGAGGGCCCUGCAGGACAGUAAAUAUGACAUGUUGGAGUUUGCCAAGAAGUACUUCAGACAGGGAAACAACAUGAAGGGAGAUUCCCUGAAGAGCAAAAGCAAGAACAGAGACUCCAGAGAGCCGACUGAGAUGAUCAAGUUCUCCAAGACUCCUCUGACUGAGUCUCUGAUAGAGUUUACAGACCCAGCCAUGAACAGAGUGGCAGCUGAUCUCUUCCUGUUGGUGAUGCGUUUCAUGGGUGACUCUCCAUCAAGAGGAUCAACAGAACAGGAAGUGGUCAGCAAUUUCCUUAAGCUCAUAGGAGAGUUCACCUUGAUGAGGGAUGAGGCUUACUGCCAACUCAUCAAACAGCUUACGGCUAACACCAGCUCCAAACCUGAUAGUUGCCAACGAGGCUGGAGGCUGCUGUACAUCCUGACCGCUUUCCAUCGCUGCUCUGAAGUCCUCAAGCCCUUUCUGCUCAAGAACCUGCAGCAGGCGUCUCGUAGCGCCGGGGCUCAGUAUCAGGGUAUCGCUAAGGCAUGUGAGCAGAACCUGAAGAAGACGUUCCAGUACGGAGGCCGCACUGUUUCACCCAACAGCAUGGAGCUGAAGGCUGUGAUGGCGGGCCGCAGUUCAAAACGUCAGCUGUUUCUCUUUCCUGGAGGCAUUGAACGUCACGUGAAAAUCAAAACGUGUUCAAUUGCCCUGGAGGUGAUUGAGGAGCUGUGUUAUGAGAUGGGUUUACACAAACUGGAGGCCAUGGAAGAAUAUGCCAUAUUUUUAGUCACCAAUAGAGGUCAGAAUGUGCGUCCUCUGAACAAACACGAGUACAUCCUGGAUGUUGCAACAGAAGCUGAGUUAGUCGACACCAACUACAGCUUCUGGUUCAGACGAGUUGUCUGGACUCAGCUGCUCAAGUUUGACAAUGAGCUCUGUGUCGCGAUGCACUAUAACCAGAUCCUGCCAGACUACCGUAAAGGCCUGCUUAACGUUCUUCCACAUGGAAAAGUGAGCGAUCAACAGUUCCACCAGAUCUCCAAACUGGCAGCUUUGCAGCACAGAGCCAAAGACAUCAUCUUCAUCCCCAGCAUACAUGAAUUAUCGGAGUACAUCGCCACACCUCUGUUCAAAAAGCAGCCACCCCAGCAGUGGGUUACCAUGGUGACGCAGCACAUGCAGCAAGUGCAGACUCUGAACCCGCACCAGGCCAGAGCACAGUUUCUGGGGCUCAUCAGUGCAUUCCCCAUGUUUGGCUCCUCGUUCUUCUACAUCCACAGCAGCAGCUCCACCACCUUCUACGCCCCCUGUAUUGUUGCUGUCAAUCAACAUGGCCUCCACUUCCUGCAUAAAAAUACACAUGAGCUGAUGUCAGUGGUCCCCCUGGUGGAGGUGCAGUCCAGCCGCACCCAGAGGCCCACUGCUGGAACGAGUUACCCGUAUGUAGACCUGACCCUGGGGGACAUGGACACACAGCGGGUCAUUCAGCUGCAGCUGGAGCAGGGCUUGGAGUUGUGUCGAGUCAUCGCCAUGCAGGUGGAAAACAUGAUGUCCGUGCGGGAGAGAAGACUCACCCUGCCACCCAGCGAAAUCACCAUGUUGUAACACAUGGUCACACUGCAUUAUACGCACAAUUGUAUGAGCACACACAUACAUGUAGACGAAACCCUUAUGAAUAUCCUACCUCUUCUUGCCUUAAGUCGUUCUAAUAUUAUAUGUGAAUGCAUAAGUGUACCCUGAGGUCAGUCUCCCUUUUACUUGAUUAUUAUUCUGUGUUAACUGAAGAGAGUUCAUCCUGAAGACAGUGAAGUAAAUAUGAGUUAAUGUUUCUUUCCUAAUGUUUUAGAUGUACAGAAACUGUUACUGAACAGAGAGGGAGCUUCACAGGCCUGUGCCUUGUCAUUACAAAGUUUUAUAACUGAUAUGUAACAUGUUGUUUUUUAUUUUUUUAUUGAUACUGUUUACAGUAAAACUUGAUGAAAU